CAGUUCAUCCUCAACCACACACCCACCAAUCACCCCCCAAUCUCUCCGGAUCUGGGCCCCAAUUAGGUAAAAUAGAGUGAACGACGAAAGUCAACCGUCCACUCUAUAUCCACCACGAUCCUCCCUCGCCCUCAUCACCAUCUAAAGAGGAAGAAUCCGGUCACGCGGAGAACGGUGACCAACCCGGCCGCGGCGAUGGCCUCACAACAGGUGACGAAGACGCCCUUCCAGAAGAUCCUGGACCCGACCAAGAUCGGAACGUGGAACAUUGUGCGCCGUCCACCCGUCGAGAACCACAGCAUUAUCCAGGGCAAGCCGCGCGAGCAGAACUCCAAUGCCUUCAAGACGCAUCAGGCCAAGGAGGGAACUCGGUUACGAAAGGCCUUGAAGGCACUCACUCAUGGCAAGAACAUCUUUGCCUAUCACAAUAUUCGCACGAACCAAGUCGUGUACUCUCUCACUCGGUAUUUGGAGAACAACACCACUCUGAAACAACUCCUCUACCACGGCAAAAAGACCGUCCCCGCCCGACUCCGCAAAGACAUGUGGGUCCCCUACUUCAGCGUGCACUUCAACGACAGCAAAAUCGGGCUACGAGCAUACCACCUCCUCCGGGAAUUCAGCAUGCAGCGACAACUCUCCCCCCCGAAAGAAAUGAUCACCAUCACGGACGCCUGGAUCGACCAGAAACGUCCGCGCGACCCGAAGGGCGCCGAAGACUUCCUGGAGAAAUACAAAGACAAGAUCGGACGGAUCAUGCCCAAGCACCACCGCAAGCGCGCCGUCAUGGAUCAAAAGGCCACCAGUGUGGCGGAUAUUGCGGCCGUGCUGAAGAUCCAGGAAGAGGAAGUGGCCAAUGGCUUUGCCGAUGGGAAGAGGGGUUACUUGACUCCUACUGCGCGGAAGAGGAGACGUGCUGCUCGGGCUAAGGAGGAGGCGGUUGCGAACGAGCAGGCGGCUAGAGUGGCUGGGUUGGAGCAGACGUUGAGUAGUGAGGUGGUUGAGUAUAAGGUCCAGGAGACCAAGGAUACGUCUGGUGCGUUGGAGGAUAUGGGGGUUAAGAUCCUUUGGAGGGAUUUGCAUGAUGCUAGGUUUGCGGAGAACUGGCCUGAGAGGGUUAGACAUGGUGAGUUGGAAUUGUCUCGCGAUCAUGUCAUGCCUGGUCAGAAGGGUCUGCGUUCGGAGGUCCUGGCUGAGGGUGAGUUCCGUGAGAGGACGGAGCAGCAGCAGCAGCAGCAGCAGGAGGUUGAGAAGAACUAAGAUGUUCAUAUUUAUUUGAUUGAUAUCACAUCCUGGGUUGUGGAUGGUGUAUACAUAUGCAGAGGGUUGCGUGUUUUUCCAUUUUGAUUAUAAAUUGUAUUUUUACUCACUACUACACUACUUACUACGAUUGUUGUUUUAGAGAAAUGAUGCAAUGGCGUUUGAGC